AUGGCCGGUGAGGAGUUUGCGCGACUUUAUUCCUGGGGCCACGACCCCCAGCGCAAAGGCGACUACGAGACAGCUAGUCCGUGCAAUCCCGCCGAUGUACCGCAAACGUUGCUCGAACCGAUUCUAAUUAAAUAUGCCACUAAUCAUGGAUUCAAAGUUCGAUUCAACACGGCAUUUGUGAAUUUCGACUACUCAGAUGACCUCAAGCCAAUUACAGCCACCCUUUCAGACAGCUUGACUGGCCAAGAAUAUCAGAUCAAGGCGAAAUACCUUUUCGGUGCAGACGGCGCGCAAAGCAGAGUAGUCAAGCAGUUGGGCCUCCCAUUGAAAUGCAAACCUGGUCAGGGGGUGGCAAUCAAUGUCCUAGUGAAGGCGGAUCUUUCCCAUCUGGUUGAAACGCGCAUGGGAAAUCUGCAUUGGGUUAUGCAGCCUGACCGUGAUCACCCAGAGCAUGGGUGGAUGUGCAUUGUCCGUAUGGUUAAGCCUUGGCACGAGUGGAUGUUUAUCUUGCUCCCGGACCCCAAAGCAGAUCUUACCAUGCGGCCGACGAAUGCCGACUACGAAAAAAGAGUUCGUGAGAUAAUUGGUGACGACACCGACGGAGAUCCUGGGCGUCUCCCGGUGGACGCAUUCAAUCUAGCUUGGAAGGUUGCAUACGUCCACAAAGGUCUAGCUGGUCCUUCCUUACUGGAAACGUAUAGUCACGAGCGUCAGCCUGUCGGGGAAUCUAUCGUUACACGGGCUAAUCAGUCUUUCCGUAAUCACUCCAAGGUGUGGGACUCGAUGGGAGCCACGAAGUCAGAUUUGGCCGAGCGGCGAAGUUGUUUCGGUGAGCUGACAGAGCCUGGAGAAGAGGGUUUUCGGCGGAGACAGGCUUUUCAGAAAGCUAUCAAGGGUACAACGGAGGAGUUCCAUGCCCUUGGCACCGAGAUGGGCCAGCGUUACACUGGUGCCGGAGUCUUUACUGCCGACGAGCUUCGACCCUUUGAGCUGACCGGUCGAGCUUCUAAGAACCCCUCUUUGUACUACGAGCCAAAUACAUAUCCAGGAUCUCGCUUACCGCAUGUCUGGCUCAACAAAGCCGUACCUACAACUGCUACGUCGACAAUCGAUAUAGCAGGCCGAGGAAAUUUCGUGCUGCUCACCGGAAUUGGCGGAGAUGCAUGGAAAGAAGCAGCUAGAAGAAUUUCCUCUGAUUUGAACGUGCCACUGGAGGCACAUUCCAUCGGUUUUCGGCAGGAUUGGGAAGAUUUCUACUUUGAAUGGGAAAGACUGCGCGGCGUAGCAGAAUCUGGGGCCGUUCUCAUCAGGCCCGACAGGGUCGUCGCCUGGCGAGCUGAGAAGGUCAUGGGAGAUGUAGAGGAGUGCCUUCAGAAACUGCAAGCUGUGCUCAUCUCCAUCCUGCACUUGACUUGA